AUAGACUACAGUCAAGUCGGACUCUCUCCUCGCAAAGCAUCUGAGCCGUUUCCGUACUGCUGGCUGCUUUCAAUCUCACAGUCACAGAGACAGUCUCUCUCUCUCUCUCUCUCUCUCUCUCUGGAUCUUCGAGCUGAGCUUUGCUUUCGCUUGUAGAAUGUGAAACCCUGGCUUUGCUUAGCUUAAGCUCGUUGAUUGGGGCCCUCUCUUGCGAGAUCUGUGCUGAGCCAACAGGGGGGCAGGAGCAGAUUCUCCUUGAGAAUGGGGAAUUGUUGCAGAUCUCCAGCUGCCGUUGCCCGAGAGGACGUGAAAUCGAGCUUCACCGGCCACGACCACGGCAAACGUGACUCCACCGCCGGGAAGAAGGCCCCGAUCACCGUCCUUACUGGCGUCCCCAAGGAGAACAUCGAGGACCGCUACCUGAUCGACCGGGAGCUCGGCCGGGGCGAGUUCGGGGUUACCUACCUAUGCAUUGAGCGGGACACCAGGGAGCUGCUCGCCUGCAAGAGCAUCUCCAAGCGGAAGCUCAGGACUGCGGUCGACAUCGAGGACGUGAGGCGUGAGGUGGCAAUUAUGAAGCACCUGCCUCGGGACUCCAGCAUCGUCAGCCUGAAGGAGGCGUGCGAGGACGAUAAUGCCGUUCAUUUGGUGAUGGAGCUCUGUGAGGGCGGUGAGCUUUUCGACCGGAUAGUGGCCAGAGGGCACUAUACGGAGAGAGCUGCCGCAGCCGUCACCAGAACCAUUGUGGAAGUGGUGCAGCUCUGUCAUAAGCAUGGGGUCAUUCAUAGAGAUUUGAAGCCCGAGAAUUUCUUGUUUGCGAAUAAGAAAGAGAACUCGCCUCUCAAAGCUAUUGAUUUCGGAUUGUCCAUUUUCUUUAAGCCAGGGGAGAAGUUCUCAGAAAUUGUUGGAAGCCCGUACUACAUGGCUCCAGAGGUGCUCAAGCGGAACUAUGGGCCGGAGAUAGAUAUAUGGAGUGCUGGUGUUAUUCUCUACAUCUUGUUAUGUGGGGUACCCCCUUUUUGGGCUGAAUCUGAGCAAGGAGUUGCACAGGCCAUCCUCCGUGGGAUAAUAGAUUUUAAACGUGAUCCUUGGCCACAUAUAUCGGAAAGUGCUAAAAGUUUGGUCAGGCAGAUGUUGGAACCCGAUCCAAAGCUGCGACUAACUGCGAAACAAGUGCUUGAGCAUCCUUGGCUCCAAAAUGCUAAGAAAGCUCCCAAUGUUCCCCUUGGUGAUGUUGUCAAGUCACGGCUGAAGCAGUUUUCGGUGAUGAAUAGAUUCAAAAGAAAGGCGCUGAGGGUUAUUGCUGAUUUCUUAUCCACUCAAGAAGUCGAAGACAUAAAAGAAUUGUUCAAGAAGAUGGACACAGAUAAUGAUGGAAUUGUCUCCAUUGAAGAACUGAAAGCUGGUCUAAAGAAUUUCGGUUCUCACCUUGCAGAGUCGGAAGUUCAGAUGCUUAUAGAAGCAGUGGAUACAAAUGGAAAAGGAUCGUUGGACUAUGGUGAAUUUGUUGCAGUCUCUCUCCACCUUCAGAAAAUGGCCAAUGAUGAACAUCUCCGUAAGGCCUUCUCCUUUUUCGACAAGGAUGGCAAUGGUUACAUUGAGCCCAACGAGCUCAGAGAAUCAUUAAUGGAGGAUGGAACAGAUGAUUGUACCGAUGUAGCAAAUGACAUCUUUCAAGAAGUGGAUACUGAUAAGGAUGGAAGAAUUAGCUAUGAUGAAUUCGUUGCUAUGAUGAAGACUGGAACAGACUGGAGAAAGGCAUCUCGUCACUACUCAAGAGGGAGAUUCAACAGCCUGAGCAUAAAGCUGAUGAAGGAUGGUUCACUCAACCUGGGAAAUGCAUAGCAGCAUCACGUACAGAAGAACUCGGAUUUCAGAAUUUAUCCGUGCGAGAACUGAACUGAACUAAAUCAUUUUGGAUGCAUCGUAUAUGUGACUAUUUGGUUGCCUGUCUGAUUAUUUGUUGGAGUUCUGUGCUCAGUCGCCAAGGGCCCAUCUGUUUAGCAGCUGACGAGGAUUGGCAAGUUGCGUGGCAGACGUUGGUCCUUAUGAACAUGAAGCUUCAACCAUGCCCAAGGCAAGUGUAAUUCUUACCAUCCAUCCCAGCCAUGUCGUCUUUUAGGGUUUGCAAAGUGAUGCACUAUAGUUUUUGUGAAGAGGAAAUGUCCGCCUUCUUCGGCAGUAGGACCUAGCGUUUCUCGCUCCCAGAGUCUGUCCGGUCUUGUCUUAAAGCUGCUGGUGCUGUAAGGCAUGGGAUAAGUGGUGGUGUUUCUCGACCUUGGAAGGUUUGAAAACUCAUAAUAUGGUGUUUGAUGAAAAUGACCGGAACAUUGUAGUGGACAUACAACUAAUGUUACCAAGUGCUUGCUGUCCUUGCGUUUCGCUUCAGUUGU